UUUCGCGGGUGCACUGGGUGAACUCUCACCUCCACAAAUUGCUUCAUUGUUUUGAUUCAGAUAACAUCGCUAGCUAGCUAGCUCUAUAUUGCACAUUUAUGUGAUUAGAGACCAACCGACUGAUUCUGUAGCACGCUUAGCUAUUCGCCAUAGGAACUCGAUGCAGCCGUAGUUGAGUGAUGCCUAUGUAAACAGAACAGUUGUUUAGGUCGAAAGACAGUAGCCAGCUGGCUAACCUGAAGUUAGCAACAACAACAUGAACGCUAUUUCAACGGAUCUGAUCAGUCAUUUGGACACUUGUCGUUACCGGUCAAUUACUGAGUUUGCCACGAAUAGUCGUCUGUAUUUCACUAGCUCGCUAGAGACAUAUUAAUACUUGCUAACAAUUUGUUGACAUUUUGAAAAGUUGAUUUAUUGCACCUGAAAGGCUCUCUACCUUCCAAUGGGCGAGGAAAAGCCAGAGACGUUGGACUUUGUCAAAGACUUCCAAGAGUAUCUCAGCCAGCAGACUCAACAUGUGAACAUGAUCUCGGGCUCCGUCAGUGGAGUCAAAGAGAUGGACGACUUACCAGCAGACUGCAGUCAGAAUGGAUUAGACCACCCCUCAGCGGAUAUUUCCCUUGAUGACGGCGCAGGGAUGCUGGUGGAUGGCUUCGAGAGAACAUAUGAUGGCAAACUCAAGUGCCGUUACUGUAACUAUGCUACCAGAGGCACAGCACGACUCAUUGAACAUAUCCGCAUUCACACAGGAGAGAAACCCCACAGAUGCCACCUGUGUCCUUUUGCCUCUGCUUAUGAACGCCACCUAGAGGCCCACAUGCGCUCCCACACAGGAGAAAAGCCUUACAAGUGUGAGCUGUGCUCCUUCCGCUGCAGCGACCGCAGCAACCUUUCACACCACCGUCGCCGCCGCCACAAGCUCUUACCCAUGAAAGGUGCUCGCUCUUCUCUCUCCCACAAGAAGAUGCUGAGCGUCCUGCAGAAGAAGACCAGCCUGGGCUAUGGUCGCCGGCUCCUCAUCAACUUCAGCCCCCCCUCCAUGGUGAUGCACAAGGCUGAGCACCUGGACGACUACUCCCAUGAACUGCCCCACCUGCGCCAGGAGACCUACGACGACCAGGGUGCUGGUGGAGAUGGAAGCUCCAGGGACAAUCACCACCACAACCUGGUAAUGGAAAACCCCCUCAACCAGCUCUCCACCCUGGCCGGUCAACUGGCCAACCUGCCCUCUGAAGCUGAGGGCCAGACCCAACAGCCUCCCAUAUCUCCAGGUGCAGAGUCCUGUGUGGACGAGAAGCCCUUCCUCAUCCAGCAGCCUCUCCCAGCCACCGCUUCUGCUACUGUGUCAGCCAGCACUGCCCAUGCAGCCUCCCCCAUCACCCCAGAGCCCAGGCCCCCACCACACAGCAACUGCAGCCCCGGGGCAGGUCCCUGCAGCGAGCACAGCGGGCGCACCAGUACCCCCAGCAUCACCAACAGCCAGCCCAGCACACCAGUCCCGGGCCUGCCCUCGCUGCAUCAAGACCCCCAGAUGCUGCACCACUGCCAGCACUGUGACAUCUACUUCCCUGACAACAUCCUGUACACCAUCCACAUGGGCUGCCACGGCUACGAGAACCCCUUCCAGUGCAACAUCUGUGGCCACAAGUGCAGGAGCAAGUACGACUUUGCCUGUCAUUUUGCCAGGGGGCAGCAUAAGCAGUGACUUGUCGCCAGGUCAGUGACGAAGGACUGGAGAUGAUUGAAGGUGUUUUUAUUUAAUUCCAUAAUGGCGAUUUUUUUUUUUUAAUUUAUUGCUGUUGAUCUUUCUGAAAUUGGACAUGAUGUAGCCUUUGCAAAUUCUGUAUAGUGAAUUUGAUUUUACAGGAAAGAAAAUAAAAUUUGACAGUGCCCACGUGCAUGUAAUGUGUAGGGAUGGAGUGGUUUAGAGGUACAACUCACUUGACCGGUUUGAUCGUUAAACAUUCCUUAUGUGGGUUUUUGACAUGAACACUAUUUUCAGCCUUACAAACAUACUGUAGUUAUAGAUGAUGCUAACAUUUUAUGAGAGUGCUCUUUUAUUGGCUUUAACCGUAACCCACUAAACCAUUUCAGAGUGCAAAGAUGGCACCAUUCAUGCCUCUAACAGUGCCUACCACAUUCACAUCUUUAUUUUUUUUCUGUUCGUUUUCUUUAGAUGAGGGUGUUAUGUUGUCGUUUGAUGGAUUUGUAAACAGUGCCCUUCCUUAACCAUCAGCUCUUUGCUAAUUGGUUGUCGUGGAAAAUGAAGCAUUACAUCAUGUUAUAUUGUGACAUUUAAAUGGAAUAUGUCAUUGUGAGCUCCAAUACCUCUACUGUCAAAGCAUUAUCACCAUAUCUUUUUUCUCUUUUGUCAAUCCAGAAUUGCCAAGUAGCACCAGAGAUGCCAUGUUUUAGCAUACAUGCCAUGCCUUUGGAUUUCUUCUGUCCUUCUAUAAUCAAGGCAUUGCAUAUUAGGGAUCUGUGCUUUCUUAGAUAUUUAUUGAGUAUUGUAAUCUACAUUUCCCGGUCGGUUAGGUGUUGUGUCAAUGAAGUUGAAAUUAUACUGAAGUGAAGAUUACUGCCUUAGCAGGGUUGUUUUGUAUUGGAUACUGUUGUGUCUGCAUAGCAACAUUUGUGGAGAACAUAGUUACUGUUUCUAGGACUAAUUGCAUGUCACCAUGCUUACAGGCGUCCAAUGAUUGAGGGGUUACGUAAAGGGAAAGUUAACAGGGGAAAAAAACUUGUAAGGGAGUUUGUUUAAUGUGUUGUAUCUUGAUCGAGCAGGUGAAUGUUGAAGCGUUUUGGCGAUCAUUAUGUCCCAUUGGAUGACAAAUUGUUUUAUGUGAGAGUAAUAUUAACACAUUUCUAAGUAAAGUGUUUUCUAACAGAU